GAUCUUGUCGGAUACAACCCAACAGUGAGAGACGCGCCUUGGAGCGCUGCGCAUGCGCCUACGAACGGCGCAAAUAUGUGGCAGUUUGGUUCAAAAAUCUAGGAUAUAAAACGUUACCUGUUUGGUGUGAUAAUUGUGUUAAAAUAAGUGCCAGCAAUACUUGUUUACGAAAAGAAUACAUAUCUAGAGUGGAAAAACAACCGUUUAUACACGAUUUCAAAGGAUUUAAGACAUAGUAAAAAACAAAAAGAGAGCCAUGGAAGAGUCAAACGCUGAUAAAUGGGGCGUAGAAUUAUCUGAGUCGACAGCAGACCCAAGCAUCUCAAUAAUCGCGGAAGACGUGCCAACGUUAACCUUGGCUACUAUAUUGGGGGUAACGAUAGUCAUAGUCAUAGCUAUCGUUAUUGUAUUUGUUUUGGGAGUCUUAAUCGAUUGCAGGCAAAAAAGGAUGUUAGAUCGGCAAAUAGAACAAAUGAAGCGAAUCAAGAAGCAUAAAAAAGCAAAGAUCCAACCUCUGACUGACGUUCUCAGUAUAGCUGAUAAUAUGGAGGAAUCAGGAGUCAGUCCUGCGCCAGCGGAGAUGCUUCGGCAAAUUCCCUAAAAUAUUUUUUUAUUUUUUAUUUUCUGUGAUUGAAUGUUUUU